AUGGCGUUGAUUCAGACCGCCCAUGACGCAUGCUCCCGCAAGGUGCACUGCGUCCGCAAAGGCUAUCUCAAUGACCCGUUUGUGUCCUUCUUCGAAAAGGAUCACACCAUUGUGAAUAGUCCGCUGAUGAACCGUGGAACCUGGCUGCGGACAACGGCGUUUGAAAACUGCGUGCGGGGCUUCGCAACCGCCGCCGGACAACCGAUUCAGGUAAUCAACUUUGGCGCAGGAAUGGACACGCUCUACUUUCGCCUAAAGCACAGCGACCCGAAGUUUCCUGUGCAGAAGUUUGUGGAGCUUGACUUAGCUGACCUGGUCGCCGAAAAGGAGCGUAUCAUCAAGCGUCACGACGAGAUGCACUCGCUGGUGGGCUCACAGUACGUGCUGGUUUCCUGCGACCUGUAUGACGCCAAGGGUGUUGCGAAGGUGCUGAAGCAGCACCUGCAAGGCGGCACCCCUACUAUCAUGAUCGCGGAGAUGGUGUUUGUGUACAUUGAGGGCUCCGUCACCACUAAUCUAUUGCGAACUGUCAUGAGCAACGCCAUCGAGCCCGGCACAAAGACUAUGCUUGUCACGUAUGACGCGAUUCAGCCGUUUGAUCGCUUCGGCAAGGUCAUGGUGGAGAAUCUACAGCACUUCGGUGCUGAUUUCAAAGGAAUCGGUGACUUUCCCACACCUGAGGCACACGCGCAGCGGUGCACCGAGCUAGGCUUUAAGGCGGUCAAGUCCGUCACCAUGAAGAACCUAUACCUUGGCGUGCCGCGCCAGAUUCAAAUCCGCCUCAACCAGCUGGAAAUGAUCGACGACUGGGAGGAGUGGAACUUGAUGCACGAACACUACUGCUUUGUCGUCGGGUCCACCGAAGACGCCCCGCUACCAAAGCUGUUUUGA